CGGGCCUCAGCUCUUUCGCUCGGCUCGGCUCGCCAUGUGGCGCCUCACGGUGGCGGCGGCCGCGCUCUCGGCGCACAGCCUGGAACUACCGGAAGAUAACUCCCUGGCGGACUUCCGCGCCAGGUGGUCAUGCCGGGAUUGCAACUCCACGGUGGAUUGGAGCCCCCUCCUGAAGCCCAUUGACAUCCAGACGGGAGCAAUGCCUACCGAUCUGCUGCUGGACAUGCCGUUUUUGAUGCAGGUGGAGAAGCAAUUUGACGGAUCCGCCUGGACGGCACAGUGCAGGAGGAUGUGGUUUGCGAGCUACGCGGCGGCGGCAGCUUAUUUGGCGUUCAUCGUGAUAGGCAAGGAGUGGAUGAAGGACCGCAAGCCUUGGGAUCUCAAGACGAGCCUGGCACUGUGGAACCUCUUUCUCGCAGUCUUCUCUUUUGUGGGCGCGGUGCGGACGGUGCCUCAGCUGGUAGGCGCGCUCUCCCAGUACGGCUUCGAGUACACACUGUGCAGGAGGGCGGUGUUCUACUAUGGCAACGGGCCUGCCGGCAUGUGGGUGUGCCUCUUCAUAUUCUCCAAGUACAUCGAGCUGGUAGACACCUUCUUCCUGGUUGUGCGAAAGAGGAAGAUCCGGUUCCUGCACUGGUACCAUCACUUCUCCGUGUUGCUGUACUGCUGGCAUGCCUACACUUGGGAGAUGCCUACGGGGCUCUACUUCGCGGCGAUGAACUUCACGGUGCACGCGGUGAUGUACUUCUACUACUUCCUUUCAGGUGUCAUGGACAAGCCGCCAGACUGGGCGCUGAUGGUGACUAUCAUGCAGCUGCUGCAGAUGGUGGUGGGUAUCCUGGUCACGUGCUGCCACAUGCACCUCCUGCUCAACAGGACGGUGCCUCGCUGCGACGGGCACAUGGACAACCUGAAGGCUGCUCUGGGAAUGUAUGCGUCGUACUUUUUGCUCUUCGCCCACUUUUUCGUAGACCGCUACUUUCUGAACCCGCCCACGCGGAAGAAGAAGCACGCGGACUGAAGAAGGCACGAAGGCACAGGGUGCAGGAAGCAUCCGUCUCGAAGCCUGCAUUGGCAGCCAGUGUCUGAGAAAGCCCGGAAUCUUCAAACCACGGCAACCCGAAUUCAACUAGUUUUCCCGGGCCUUGGAAGCAACAGGGCCUCCGUUUCGGUUUGCUUAGCACUGUAGGCCUAGAAAGUGGCCUGGGGAGCGGGACGCUUUGCGCGAAUCCGCGUGAAGUGGGAGACACGCCUUGGGACAUGGCUCUUGCACAAUG